AUGUCCACCACGCCCCUCACAGGCCUACGCCACCUCCUCUCCUCCUUCCUCCCCUCCUCCUCCUCGACAUCCUUCACUCUCCCCGUCUUGCCAACUCCCGAUGCGCUCGAGUUCCACCUCAGUCCGCCUAGUUCGCCGUCGGGGUUGAGUCGAGCGGCGGGAGGCGCGCGAGGGCGGGAGGGAGUACGAGCGGUCGCGAGGGAUGAGGGGUCGGCGCCUUCCACAGCGGACCUCCUAGCGCCCAGCACAGGCGGAACCCUCCGAACAGCCCAUCUCCAGCAAGUCGCGAAGAAGAGUGCUCAGCGGGUCAUCGUCGGCACUCGAAGAGGCGGCGAGAGUUCGGCGUGGAAGGCGUGCGGAGUGGAGGAACGGAGGCGCUGUCGUGCGUGA